UCCUUUCCAGGCCCAGUGUUCUCCCAGUACUCUGUGUUCAGUUUCUGCUGCCUCCACAGCCUACUGUGGGUCUGUUCCUUCAAACCGUCUCUCUACAUCUGUACCUGGGUCACACCACACACACACCUGAAACUACAACGCUAAACUCACCGAAAACUACACACUCACUCAUGACCUCACACACCCCCCUGACCACACACACUCCUUUGGAACAGUCUGAUCCAGCCCUCUGCUCCUCCCAAGAAGAUUUGAUCUACAGUGGAGUGGCCAAUAGAUACAGCUACACAGACUCAGACUUGGAGCCUUAUACCACCUAUGAGUACAGAGUAUCGGCCUGGAACAGUUAUGGGCGUGGCUACAGCAACGUCACUGUGGUGACAACCAAUGAGGACACGCCCUGGGGAAUGGCCCCGCCGCACUGGAGUCGCCUAGGCGACCGUGAUGACGUCGUACAACUACAUUGGCAGGCUCCCGCCAAGCCCAAUGGUGACAUCAGCCACUACGUGGUGCUGCGUGACGGACAGGAGCGUUACCGAGGAGACGAGAUGAGCUUUACAGAUGUGGGUGGGAUCCAUCCGUUCCAGGAGUACGGGUACUGGCUCCGGGCCUGUAACACCGCCGGCUGCACCGACAGCUCACAGGUCAUGGCUGUAACUGUGCAGGGGGUACCAGAGGAAGUGAGUUCUCCCAUAGUUACAGCUCUGGGUCCUGGCUCUCUAAGGCUCAGCUGGGCCCCUCCCUCUAAAGCCAAUGGCAUCAUACGACUCUACCACAUCAACAUGACUAGCACCGGGACAAUACACACUCACACACCCUCGGAUGGACCGCUUAACUACACUUUUACAGAUUAUGCGAGCGGGAGAAGGGCAGAGGGGAGGAAGAGCAAACAGGCUCUGAGAGACUACCAGAAGGUUCUGGUUCAGCUGGAGACUCUGGAGAUCAAUGUGGGAGACCAGUGCAGGAAGGAGUUCACAGCUCUCCAGAUGAUACAGAGACUCGAUGGAUCUGAGUAG